GAGAGAGAGCUUCGUGGAGCUUGCCGGGAAAAUGCACGCCACCGAAUUUUCUCGUUCCUUAUCUGCCCUUUGCUGUUUCCAGAAACACUACUACAUCACGACUCUGUCCGCACUGCACUCAAGUGUAUGCCUCAAGUGCGAUUCCGACUUCGAGCGCCCUGUUCUCCCGCAGCCUCCCUUCAACCUGCAGUCGUAAACGCCACCCCUCGCAUCGCAGUGCAGCAAGCUGCCCCGCCAACAAAGCCCGCGCGUACCCGCGCCUUGAGAUUCCACACACAGAUACUCAAAAUGGACGGAAGGAGCACUUCAGAAGCUGGAGCUUCGUCUUCGGUUGCCACAGGAAAUGACUUGAAGCUCGUCAAUCGGCUCGGCGAGAGCAGGAGUCCAUAUGUUCGCGCCCACAUGAACAACCCCGUCGCAUGGCAGAUGUGGGGACCGGAAGCUCUCGAGCUGGCCAAAAAGUCCGACCGUCUGAUCUUCAUCAGCAUUGGAUAUGCCGCAUGCCACUGGUGCCACGUAAUGGAAAGGGAAUCGUUUGAGAACGCAGAAGUGGCGGCUCUGCUCAACAAUUACUUCAUCCCCAUCAAGAUUGAUCGCGAGGAAAGGCCAGACGUCGAUCGCAUAUACAUGAACUACGUCCAGGCGACGACGGGCUCUGGGGGCUGGCCUCUCAACGUCUUCCUCACCCCGGAUCUUGAGCCCAUUUUCGGCGGCACAUACUGGCCUGGGCCCGGCUCCACCAUGGCCUUGGGCGAACAUGUGGGAUUUGUCGGCAUCUUGGAGAAGAUCAGGGAUAUGUGGAAGACUCAGCGGGAACGUUGUUUGGAGUCUGCGAAAGACAUCACGUCGCAGUUGAAGGAAUUCGCUCAAGAUGGAAACAUUAGUCGGCAAGAGGGCGCAGAAGCCGACGGGUUGGACUUGGAGUUACUGGACGACGCGUAUGAGCAUUUUGCCGCAAAAUUCGACAAGCAGUUUGCAGGCUUCGGAGGUGCUCCUAAAUUCCCCACACCCGCGAAUCUCAGCUUCCUCCUGAAGUUGACUUCCUAUCCCAGCGCUGUUGCCGAUGUAGUGGGCGCAAAGGAGUGUACACAGGCAAAGGACAUGGUAUUGGCGACAUUGACGGCCAUGAACAAGGGUGGAAUUCAUGACCAAAUUGGCCACGGCUUUGCUCGAUACUCAGUGACGCGUGAUUGGAGUUUACCGCAUUUUGAGAAGAUGCUUUAUGAUCAAGCGCAGCUUCUUCCUGUCUACCUCGAUGCCUACCUCCUGACCGGCGACCCCGCCCACCUAUCCGCUGUUCACGACAUCGCAACCUACCUCACAAGCCCUCCUAUGCACGCUCCCAACGGAGGCUUCUUCUCUGCCGAAGACGCAGACUCCCUCUAUCGCUCCACAGACAAGGAAAAGCGCGAAGGGGCCUUCUACGUCUGGACCUUCAAAGAAUUCCAAACCGUCCUGGGCGAACGCGACGCCGACAUCCUCGCACGGCACUACAACGUCAAAGACGAAGGCAACGUGAGCCCAGAGCACGACGCACACGACGAACUCAUCAACCAAAACGUGCUCUCACAAGCCGGCUCCACAACCCCAGAAGACCUAGCCCGCGAAUUCGCCCUCUCGGUCCCGGAAAUCACACAAAUCCUCGCAAACGGGCGGGCCAAACUCCUGGCCCACCGCGAGCGCGAACGCCCCCGCCCAGCCCUCGACGACAAAAUCGUAGUCUCCUGGAACGGCCUCGCGAUCGGCGCCCUCGCGCGCGUCGCAGCCGCACUCCCGCCAUCCUCCUCCCCCUCCCCACAAACCUACCUCGCAGCCGCCGAGAAAGCCGCCGCCUUCAUCAAACAGAACCUGUACAACCCCACCACCCACACGCUCCUCCGCGUCUACCGCGAGGGCCCCGGCACCGUGCCCGGCUUCGCAGACGACUACGCCUACCUCAUCUCUGGUCUUCUCGACCUGUACGAAGCCACGUUCAACGACACAUAUCUCUCGUGGGCCGACAACCUGCAAGGCACGCAAAUCGCGCAAUUCUGGGAUACGGCGAACCUGGGCUUCUUCUCGACGCCCGAGGGCCAGGCAGACCUCAUCAUGCGGCUCAAAGACGGCAUGGACAACGCCGAGCCCGGCACCAACGGCGUGUCUGCGCGCAACCUCGACCGCUUGGCCAACCUGCUCGAGGACGACGCGUACAGGGCUAAAGCUAGAGACACGCUGCAUGCGUUUGAGGCUGAGGUCAUGCAGCACCCGUUCUUGUUUCCCGGAAUGAUGGAUGCGGUUGUUGCGGGGAGGUUUGGCGUUCGGCAUGUGGUUGUUACUGGGGAGGGGGAAAGGGUGGACGAGUGGCUUAGACGGUAUAGGGAAAGACCUGUUGGGGUGGGGACUGUGAGUCGGGUUGGUGGGAAGGAAGGGCUGGGGAUGUGGUUGAGGGAGAGGAAUGCGUUGGUGAAGAGUAUGGAUGGCGGCAAGGAGGGCGUGUUGGUUUGUGAGGCCGGUGCGUGUAGGGAGGUGGAUUUGGGGGAUACUGUCAUGUCGUGA